AUGAAUCCUAUGUCCCAUCUCUAUUACAAAAAAUCCAGUUACUCUCCAUAUCGGGACCGGAUCCCUCUGCACAUCGUCCGGGCGGAGGUGGAGCUCUCUCAGGAGGAACGGUCAUUCCUGUCGGCUGUAGAGAAGGGAGACUAUGCCGGGGUCAAGCAUGCGCUACAGGAAGCAGAGGUAUAUUACAACAUAGAUGUAAACUGUGUGGAUCCACUGGGCCGCAGUGCCCUGCUUAUUGCCAUAGAAAAUGAGAACCUGGAGGUGAUGGAGCUGCUGUUGGACCACGGAGUGAACACUGGAGACGCUCUGCUCUAUGCCAUUCGCAAAGAAGUGGUGGGAGCGGUGGAGUUGCUGUUAUCUCACAGAAGACCAAGCGGAGAAAAACAGGUACCCUCUUUAAUGAUGGAUGCCCAGUUUUCAGAGUUCACGCCUGACAUCACUCCCAUCAUGCUUGCUGCCCACACUAACAAUUAUGAGAUCAUUAAGCUGUUGGUCCAGCACAAAGUCACCAUUCCCAGACCACACCAGAUCCGCUGUGACUGUGUGGAGUGUGUGUCCAGCUCUGAGGUGGACAGCCUGCGUCACUCCCGUUCCCGCCUCAACAUCUACAAAGCCUUGGCCAGUCCGUCACUCAUUGCCCUCUCCAGUGAGGACCCCAUCCUCACUGCUUUUAGACUGGGCUGGGAAUUGAAGGAGCUCAGCAAAGUGGAGAAUGAAUUCCGUCAAGAGUAUGAGGAGCUUUCACAACAGUGUAAACGCUUUGCCAAAGAUCUUCUGGACCAGGCGCGAAGCUCCCGUGAACUGGAAACCAUCCUCAACCACCGUGAUGACCAGAGCGAGGAACUGGAUCCGCGAGAGUGCCGAGACCUGGCCAAGCUUAAAUUGGCCAUGAAGUAUCACCAGAAGGAGUUUGUGGCUCAGCCAAACUGUCAGCAGCUGUUGGCAACACUCUGGUACGAUGGCUUUCCAGGAUGGCGCCGUCGGCACUGGGCCGUCAAACUGGUCAUGUGCAUCAUCAUCGGCCUUCUCUUCCCUGUCUAUUCAAUUGUCUACCUGCUGGCUCCCAAAAGCUCAUUGGGCCUCUUCAUUAAGAAGCCCUUCAUCAAAUUCAUUUGCCAUACUGCCUCUUACCUCACCUUCCUCUUCCUCCUACUCCUCGCCUCCCAGCACAUCGCACGCACCAACCUCCACAUGCAAGGUCCACCGCCUACUGUAGUGGAGUGGAUGAUACUGCCCUGGGUGCUAGGGUUUAUCUGGGCUGAAAUUAAGGAGAUGUGGGAUGGAGGUUUCACCGAGUAUGUACAUGACUGGUGGAAUCUAAUGGACUUCGCUAUGAACUCUCUUUACUUAGCUACCAUCUCUCUAAAGAUUGUCGCGUAUGUCAAGUAUAACAGUUCUCGUCCACGUGAGGAAUGGGAAAUGUGGCAUCCGACACUGAUGGCAGAGGCCUUAUUUGCCAUCGCGAACAUCUUCAGCUCCCUGCGGCUCAUCUCUCUCUUCACCGCCAACUCUCACCUGGGCCCACUGCAGAUAUCUUUGGGUCGCAUGCUGCUGGACAUCCUCAAGUUCCUCUUCAUUUACUGCCUGGUGCUGCUGGCCUUCGCCAACGGCCUCAACCAGCUCUACUUCUACUACGAGACGCAGGCUGCGGAUGAGCCUAACCAUUGCAAGGGGAUCCGCUGUGAGAAACAGAACAACGCCUUCUCCACGUUAUUUGAGACUCUUCAGUCUCUGUUUUGGUCCAUAUUUGGCCUGCUGAAUCUUUAUGUCACCAAUGUGAAGGCGAGGCAUGAGUUCACAGAGUUUGUUGGAGCCACCAUGUUUGGCACCUACAACGUUAUUUCACUGGUAGUGCUCCUCAACAUGCUUAUUGCCAUGAUGAACAACUCAUACCAGCUUAUUGCCGACCAUGCAGACAUUGAAUGGAAGUUUGCCAGGACUAAGCUCUGGAUGAGUUAUUUUGAUGAGGGUGGCACACUUCCACCGCCUUUCAACAUCGUCCCCAGCCCAAAGUCAGCCUGGUACCUCUGCCUCUGGCUGCACAGAUGGCUAUGCAGGAGAGGCGACACUCCACAUGAUGAGAAACAUGAGAAUCUCAAGGACUUAACAGAAAAGCAUGCUGACAGGAUUAUUCAGAAUAAACACUAUCAGGAGGUGAUUCGUAAUCUAGUGAAGAGGUAUGUAGCAGCUAUGAUCCGCAGUGCAAAGACAAAUGAGGGCUUGACGGAGGAGAACUUUAAGGAGCUGAAGCAGGACAUCUCUAGUUUUCGGUAUGAAGUCAUGGACCUUCUUGGGAACCGAAAGCCACCACGACGUACUUACUCUUCAAGUAGUGAGGCUACACUUCGCGAUGAGGCCUGCGAUGAUGGCGAUGCCCCAAAUAACCGCUGCCGUGGUGACAGUGAUAGCAGCAGAGGCAAAGCUUUUAAAGCAGCUUCAUCUGCAGGCUCCCCAUAUGGAGUCUCUGCUCUCUUUCACUCCCUUUCUGCAAUGGAGUUUCCCACAUCAGCGACAGCAAUAAGUACAUACAACAGGGAGGACAGACCAAAGAUCAAUGGGCUGAGGAAAAACCCCUCACCCUGCUCUUCCACUUCCUCAGUGACUGCGGCUGGGCCUGCAGUCUCGAGAACGUGGAGCAGGUUUACACGCUUUUCUGGUUCUAAGAAGAACUCCUUCAGACGUCUGGGGCUGUUGUUCUCCCGCAUGGGCAGUCACCUUCCCCAGCCUGCUGGUGUUAGUUCUGCCACAUACACUAUCUCAGAUGGACUGCUCCACCCACCAGGAGCCUGGAGUGACCUGGGCAUCUCUCGUGGCGAUGGUCCGGUCACCCGCAACGAGAGCAACCUCAAUCAUGCAGAUACACCCACCACCACCACCGACUGUGGCAGCGCUCCUAGGAUAACAAACAGACAGAGAACCAACGGGAGAGACAUUCUGUUGACUUUAGGGCCCCUGGCUGCGCCCCCUUCCCUGCACUGUGCUUCCAGUUUCUCUGCCUCCAGUUCUCACCUCCUGGACUCGAAUGAGGAUGUGUUUCAGGGAUUAGUCGGGCCUUGUGAUGGACACACGCCAGACCCAGCCCACCGUGAGGUGGAGCAAGAUGACUCAGUGACCACACAGCUAUAGUAUUGCAAGCAUGCACUGUGGUGACAGCACUUUAACUACAACAAUAAUAUUUGAUGAUACCAAUAACAGUGACAUUUCUAUUAAUGACAAACACUUUUUUAUUUGAACUGAUGGAAAUAUUUUUUCAUUUUCAGUAAGAUUUGAGCCAAAACAAAAGCAGGUUAUACACAAAGACAUUUUGAAUACUUGUGGCUUGUUGACAAGUGAAUACAUUUUUAGUAAUCUGCAUUAUUCUUAUAUCAAGUAUUAAUAGCUUGCUGAUUUUAAAGAUUAAACAGUUUAAGAUAACAGAGGGGACUAAGAGUGUUAUAGCCAGCAGACUUUAAACUGUUAACAAUAACUGUAUGAGCAACCCCUGUCCUAUCACAGCACUUCUUGCAAGUAAUAAAGCACUGAAUGUUACUUUAA